CUUCUCGGGGGAGACGCGACACACGUAAAACGUUGUUCCCUUCGUGCUUCGGGCCGUGGAAAAGAAAAAGACGAGGCUAGGUGGGGUGAAGCGAUCGCGGUAGAAGCGUAAGAAGAGUUCUGGCGAACGAGCAGAACCGUACGAACCUUCAUCGCGACCACAGUAGCGGAUCUCUUCCACCCUGGUGCACACGUUAUCGUUACGACACACAUAUACAAACACACGCACGCACACGUACACACUCGUAUUGUAAAAUCGAGGCGAAUUCGAGAGAAGGGACGUAUAGCACCAACGAACGAGCGAAUUUUCUGCCGAGAAGAAGAACGAAGCGAGAGCGAAAAUGGUUUACGAGAGCGACUUCUACACAACCCGACGGCCCUACUCGCGGCCCCUCGCCUCGUCCUACAGCGUCACGGAUCGACCCAUUGCUUUACCGCUCUCCACUAUCCUCCAGUUGAGGGGCAUUCCUCACAUGCCAUACGUGGCUCACAAAAGGCUCGUGACUGUAAUCCACAUGCCGUACCAUACCGUGUACCAUGGCGGCAGUCUGUUACCGAUAAGAGUUCAUGCGCGAGUACGUCCCAGCGUCCUCGCAGCCGAGAUCAACAGGAUACGGAACCUAUCGAGACCAUGGACUGGAUCCUACACGGAGAAGUAUCUUCAAUCCAAGGAUCAUAUCUAUUUCGACGACGAGGCGAGGGAAAUACGUGCGAGGGUGGACUCCCUUCUGAGACGAGUUCACGUCUUCGUCCCGCGGGCCGUGGCAAGCGACUUUUUGGAAGAAAUAGUCCCGGAACGUAUGCGUAGCGGCGACUACGUGCGCCGGUUGCUUUCCGGCAAGCAGAACGCGAAGAAGGACCCGGAACCGAUAUCUUGGUACGAGGUCCCAGAACGAGGUAACUUCGGUAACCUGGCGUGCGUCAAGUACGUUGCUGGAAAUCCACAGUCCGUGAGGAGACCGUACUUCAAAGUCGCCGAUCUGCGUCCGUCGGACAUCAAGAACGACGUUAAUUUUCUGAGCUACUACAAAAAGAAUCGCCAGGCGGCCGCCGACGCCUCGCCGGAAGAGCCGAUGACGGAAAGAGAAAUACGAAAGGCGCGAGCGUUGCAGCCAGACGUGGACGAGGCUGCUCUGAAACGGGCACCGAAAGUAGAAAAAGAACCGGAACCGAAGCCGGAAAAGAAACGCGAGUCGAAGCGGGAAAAGCCGGUCGAGGAACCGAAACCGGAACCGGAACCGGUGAAGCAACCGGAACCAGUGGAGGAACCAGAACCUGUCAAAGAACCAGAGCCCGUACCGGAACCUGUCAAAGAACCGGAACCCGCGCCGGAACCUGUAAAGCAACCGGAACCCGCGAAGAAAGCGAAAUCCGCGAAAAAACCGGCACCUGCGAAGAAACCUGAACCGGAACCGGAACCCGUGAAGGAACCAGAACCGGAACCGGAACCCGUGAAGGAGCCUGAACCGGUACCGGAACCCGUGAAGGAGCCUGAACCGGUACCGGAACCUGUGAAGGAACCUGAACCGGUUCCGGAACCUGUGAAAGAACCUGAACCAGUACCAGAACCAGAACCGGUGAAAGAAGAAGCUCAGCCUGAACCCGUGCAAGAGGCACAACCGGAAGUUCAAGAAGUGGCGGCUGAACCAGAAACGAAACAGGAAGCAAGCUCCGAACCAUCGGCUGCAGAAGCAGUAAGUGAAAAGGAAGAAGAAGGCGAUAAGAAAGUAAAGCAAGACAAGGAGGAGGCGGCGAAAAGGAUACAGCAGUAUCUCAUUAAGGCAGCCGAGGAGGCCAGGACCGACGAAGAAAGGAAAAGGAUCGCCGAGGAGGAAAGGGUGAUGCUUGAAAUGGAGGAGUUGAAGGCGUGGGAGGCUCUGAAGGUGGCGCAGGAACGUGCCGAGCAUAUCGAUGAAAUACGGGAACAGGAGAAAGCCGAAUCCGAGAGGCAGGCCGAGGAAGCAAAGAUGGAAUCCGAACGGUUGGAAACCGAGAGAAUACAGGAGGUGCAAAGGCAGAUGGAGGAAGCUCACGUGAAGGAGUUGUUGGAGGAGCAGGAGAGGAUGAUCGUCGAGGAACACCUCGAAGAAGUUCGUCAACAGGAGGAGAGAGAGGUGAGGCUAGCGAACGUUACGUUCGGCGACGCGGACGAAGUGAAAAACCUCGAUUCUCGCAACGAUACGGUGGGCGAUAUGAACGAUCAAGAGAGGGAGGAGAGACCUUACGAGCUGAUGAUGGACGACGAUACGUGGGUCGAAGAGAGAGACCCCCAGGACGAGCAGUUGGAGACGCACGAGGAUCCCUUCGUCGAAGAGGUAGAAGGGGUGGAAAGCAAAAUCCAUACAGGCGCGACAGCUGUCGAAGAUGCGCCGAAAAUCGAGGAGGUCCCAUCGGGCGGAGAAGAGUGCUUCGAAUGGGGAGACCAAGACGCGUAACGCUUCUUCCUCUAUAACCGUUGUACUCUGUAAUUAACGUGUCCUCGACAAUUAUCGUUGUUAAUAGCGUCGCAUCUCAUUAAGCCGCGUGUAAAAGAAAGAUGAAUGACUUGCCAAUUAAGUACGAGUCUCGUUGAAUGUCGUUCAAUUUGAAUCGCUUCGGAUCUUUCCCUCUUGGACUUUGAAUCAUUUCACACUUAUUUAUUUCAUCGUUAACGUUCAUCCACGCACAAGAUUCGUUAUCGAUAAUCGGCAACCAGUCGAUCGAACCUGAACGUCGAUUGUCGUCGGUUUUGCCGAUAUCGAUGCCCUCGAAUCUCUCAACGACGGACUACGUGUCGUCCUAUUCUACUUAUCGGACAUCGCAUUAAUCUUUAAGCCAGCUGCGUAUUUUAUUUUACAAACUGUUACGAACCAGGCGAGUAACGCGUCAGAAAAUUUAGAAAAAAACAAAAAAGACAGUCUCCUCGAGACGCAUGAUUUUUUUUUUUUUAUCAGAUCAUCGCGUGUAUUGUUAUAUUUAUUUUGAUUUAUUCAUUUAAUCCCGUAUCGUUUCUGACGUUUUACUUGAUCGUUAUCGGCGAACGCUUUGCUUAGUAUUACGUAAUACAUAAAUAAUAUACAAUAGGUAUAUUAGGAAGGAAAGCAAGCACGUAUGAAAUUAAUAAUUUCAUAGCGAUCGCAUCAGGAACGGUAAAUCGAUACAAUUGGGCUUGCGACCGCGAGCGCGGAAAGUGAAAACGAAACAAAGUUUGUAAGAUAGUUAUACCAUGUUCAUAGAAAGGAGAACAGAAACACGUAUGUUCGACGAAGAUAAUAUAUAUUUUAAUUAUUACGAUGUUCCUAUAUUUAAUUCACACUGCACGUUCGCACCUGUAGCACGCACUGUAUAUUCACGCAAUGCAUAUUUUCUGUAUACUUCUACGAUAAUAAAUAUUUAGCAUUUAAAUA